ACUGGUCGUAUUGCAACAGAUCCACCACAGCUAAGUCAUGGAGCAUCUAUCAUUGAUAUUGCAUGGUCCCCUUUCGAUGACAACUUACUUGCUUCAAGCGAUGAGAAUGGUUUCAUCAAAUUCUGGCAGAUUCCAGAUGAAGGAGUGACUGAAAACUCUGAAAAGGCACUAAUUUCAGUGAAAGCACAUGAAAAGCGUUGCUCUAUGAUCCGAUGGCAUCCCUUGGCAGAGAAUGUACUGAUCACUACUGGCAUGGACUCGAAAGUGUGCGUAUGGAAUAUGGAUGUUGCAGAGAAAAUUGUGGAAUUCAGAACUACAGAUGUUGUACAGGAUGUGUGCUGGAGCCCUGAUGGAAAAAAAUUUGCUACCGCCAGCAAAGACAAAAAGAUCCGUAUCUACGAUGGAAGGACUGCCAAGUUAGAACAGGAAUUUGCAGGCCAUGAUUCUCCAAAGGAAAUGCGCAUCAGUCUUUUGAAGGAUAAUAGACUUCUGUCCACAGGCUUCAGCAAGUCAAGCACGAGAGAAUACAAGUUAAUGAAGUUGAAAGACCAUGGUGAACCAGAAUGCUUACUACUUGAGCAGUUAGACAAAACCAAUGCUGCCCUUUACAUUUUUGCUGACCCAGACCUAAACAUUGUUUAUCUCGUUGGAAAGGGAGACAGUGUGUUCAGGUACUAUGAGGUCAAUGAUGAGGAUCCUUACUUUCAUUAUAUCAACACAUACCAGUCCAAAAAUGCUCAGAAGGGUAUGGGAUAUAUGCCCAAAAGAGGAUUAAACGUUAAUGCCUGUGAGAUUGCUAGGAUGUAUAAAGUGUCAAUGUCAUCAAGUGGAUCUUUGGGAACUAUUGAGCCUAUCUCCAUGAUUAUUCCAAGGAAGAGUGAACUGUACCAGGAAGACAUCUACCCUGAUACUUUAGCCAAUGAAUAUGCAGUUCAAGCCGGUGAGUGGAUCAAUGGUGAAGACGGCACACCAAAGUACAUGUCCAUGCACCAAUUUUUCAAAGAAAAGGAAAACUCUAGUACGGGAGGUGGCCUUGGUGGCCUUGGUGGCCUCAAAAAGGGCGGAUUGAAAUCGACGACCCCAGCAGCCAGUGCUCCUGCUAAGAAAGAAGAACCCAAAGCAGCUCCCAUAAGCUCUGUGAGGCCACCCGUUUCUUCGAACAGUUCUAAUACUGGAGAGAAUGAUAAUAAAGCAGAACCUGUUCCUGUGGACACACCAGUGGUAAAAGCUGCCCCUUCUGCUGAACCCCAAGAAACCAAGCCAGAACCUGAACCCAAGGUGGAGAAGAAGCCAGAUCCGACACCCCCAGCUUCCCAACCACCGCCUUCUCCUAAGACCCCUGCUCCCAAAGCACAGAGCAAAGAUUCAUCAGAGUCCCAGACAAAGACCAAAGAAUUGACCACACCCAAAGGAGGAAAGGCACCACCUGUGAUGGAUGGCAAGAUGUUGGUCUCAGAUAUCCUUCUUGAUAUUCGUAAUCUUAGAAACACUGUCAGCAGACACGAAGCCAGUAUCGAGGCUCUGGAGGAACUUCAAUUAAGCCAAAGCCAGGAGAUGAAGGAUCUAGUUGCAGAGGUCGCCAGACUGAAGUCAACUGUCGAAGAACAAGAGAAGCGCAUUGCCGCCCUGGAAGCCAGAAAUUGAAUAAAAACAACAGGGAGAGAAAUUAUGUCCAGAGAAUGUCAAAAUACAUUUCAAGGUUGAGUUUUUGGAGUAUGUGAAAGAGACGUUAUUGUUAGGAGCCACGUUAUUAUCAUAUUUUAAUUAUUAUUUAAAAAAUCAUGAUUGGAUUGGAUAGAAACAAUGCAUACAUUUAUAUGUAUUAAUGCUUAUAUACAAUGUAUAUAUCCAUAAAUAGUGGCAAUGGCAUAUUUCUCAAGGUAAUCUUGAUGAGUGCCGUAUAUUGUCCAUGAUGUUAAAAAGUGAUACCAUACCAGUCUUGACUACAUGGCGUAGUUUUCUGCUUAUGAUUUGGCUCCAGUAGUAGUGUGUGCUUAGGUAACAUGUUUUUCUAUGACACAGUUUCUUCCCUCAUGUUUAUACUCUGUGCUAUACCACAGUCAUAGUUGCCAUGAGAUUAUUUACUGUAAGUGUAAUAAAGUAAAAUAGGUUUAGUAUUUGAUAUUUUAAGGAAAACUUGCCCAUCCAAGAUCUGUUAAAAUCCUAGUGUGUGCCUGGAUAUAGCUUUUACAAUGAAUGAACUCUCCAUACGUGGCCUGUUAUCUCACACAUGUACAUAGUGCCUUAGUUACAGUGUAUGGUUAAUACGGUAAGCCAUAAAGCGCUUUCUUUCUUAAAAGGCACCAAUGUGAAUCAGUGACUGGUCUCUUCUGUAACCUGAAAAAUGAACUAGAAAUUUAUGACGGAGUACUAAGUUACACCUUGUUUUGAGCGCUAUAUUUAUUGGCAAAGUCAACAUAGAUAGCACUCAAGUGUGAAAGUGGAACACCACAUCAGUCCAACAAA